AUGGCGGCACCGCGCCACCGUCCAACAGACGAUUUUGAUCCCUCAACUUUCUCUGCCUCUUUUGCGCGAAAAAAAGCCUCUCUCGCCUCCUCCGCUAAAAAAUGUCUCGCCUCCUCGUUGGUCUUCUUGCUCGCUUCCUUUCUGCUGGCGUGGCGCGUGCCCGUGCUCGCCAGCACUGCCGCGCCUGCUGUAGACGGCCUGGAAGGUAAAGAAACUGCCGGAGUCCUGAACGAUGGCGAACAUGCUGGGUCCGCAGAAGAAAAGUUGGUGGGGGCGGCUGUGGCAAACAGCCGUGCAGAAAGCGCAGCCCUGUCUGGGGACCUAGACGACGGCCACGACGCCGCCUCGUCCGGGUCGGCUCAGGGAGAGGCUGAAGAGGGGGAAUUCGCUGCAGUUGACGGUCCAUCUGACGUCGGCAUGGACGACUUUUCCUCUCUGCCUCCCUUCUUUGCCGACAAAGAACACGCGGCGUUUGCCGACCUCGUUUCAUCAACAGAUAACUCGGACGUCAGCGGCCUGAUCAACAGCCUCUUGUCGGUGAUGAUGGAGAACGCCGAGGAAGUUGGUAUCAAAGAUGAAACCUCCCAGCCGGAAGACGAAGGGAUUCGGGAAACGGAGACCCUCGUGCGAGGAGAGACAGGGGAGAGCGGGAAGGUGUUUGCAGCAGUGGAGGAGGCAGAGCACGAGGAAGGAAUGCUUCAAAAGGCGGUGGAGCUGGAGCGUUUGGGAGACCACACAGGAAGCCGAGGCGCCGCCCUGAGGGGCGGGAGGAACCUCUCCGAGGACAGCCCGUCGGAGGUCAACGCGCCUCUCCCGGCAGAAGGAGUUGAGAUGAACCACGACCUGGAAGGCUCGACACAUCCAGCAGGAGCAGCCCUUGCGGAGGCACUGGCCGUCGGAAGCGUCUUGGAAGGUUUCCCAGACUCGACGGCGUUGCUCGGAGAUCCUACGCAGGCAGACCUGAAGGAUGAGGCGAGCAAUGCGGUCGCGCUCGACGCCCAGGCGGUCCAAGACGCCUCCAGUGUCUCGGCCUCCACAGAAGCUGAGGGUCUCCGAGCCGAUUCGGUUUCCGGAAACGCAGAAACAGCGCACUCUGGUGCCGAGAACGGACCGUGGGAAAGUGACGGCGCGGCAGGCAACCGAGAGGCCGAAGCGGCUGACGAAUCCGGAGCAGCCGCUGGAGACGUGCCCACUGCGUCUGCAGUCGGGGUUGAGGAAGAGCCGACGGCUGCGGCUCAGAGCCAUCGAAGCAGAGGAUCUGCCAGGCAACCGUCACGCCGUUCCAGGGCGUCACGUGUGGGCGCUGCGCAACGAGAGAGCAAACGCAAGACAGCCGCAAAGACGCUUGCCUCCGUUGUAGCGGCUCUCGCAGUUCUUGGAGGAGGGGUAGCCGCAUACGGCCAUGUCAGGAGCAAACAAAGGGAGAGUACAAUCACGGAGAGUCCCGGAGCGAGUCCCGGGGCGAGUACCACGGGUGUGCCCACCGCUGCUGUUUAG